UCUGUCCCUGAGGUAAGAAGUCAGCAGCCCAAGUCCUAGGACAGCCUCCCUCCUCCAGCAGUGGACUCUCACCUCUGGAACAUUGCACUCCAGGAAUGGCUGCUCCACACUGACUCCUCUGUCCUAUAUGGAUUGUGUCCUGCGUGACCCGGCACCACCGACAGGACCAUGCUGGCCAGGGAGGUGAGACUGCGCUGGAGAGCCUGUACCCUGCGCCUCCUGGUCCUGUGCCUGGCAUUCGUCCUCUGCACCCACUUCAUGGCUGAGCUCAGGAGAAAGUCGUGGCCACAGGAUGAUCUGCUGCCUAAAGUGCCCCCGAGAGAGCCUGGUAUCUUCAUCGACGGGCACAACAGGAGGGCAGAGGAAGUGCCCAGUAAGAGGCAGGUGAUAUAUGUCAGGAGGAGCAGCAGAGGUGGCAGCUCCGGGAGACCAGCGGGAAACUCCUAUGUGCCCAGGAGGGACGUCUUAAAGCCUGUACGAUGGCAUAUUGAUCUUCAACCCUGGGCUGGCCCUUCACAUUCACUUAAUGAAGAAGCAACACGUUUUUUAAAGUACAUCUCACAACCACAGAUUAUAUGUUCUCGACUAGUGACAAAUGGAUUGACAGAGAAGACUGAGGACAGCGUAAAGCCCUGGACAGUCUGCUUGGAUUCCAAAUUCAGUCUGGCAUAUCAGAUCAGAAAUAAGCAAUGUCGAAUCUACUCAUUAGGAUUAGGAGAAGAUGACAGCAUAUUUGAAGUGAACAUGGCGUCUGGAGGUUGUGAAGUUCAUCGCUUUGAUCCAAGCAUUGGGUCUGCUCACAUUCAUGAAGGAGAGCGGCUUUGGCACCAUCGACUUUCUGUUGAUUGGAGGGAUCCUAACCCAGCAAUCGCCACACAUCGAUUACAUAGCAAUACUAAGAAGCUAGGAGCCAUUCUCAAUGAAUUUGGACAUUGGAAGAUUGAUAUCCUGAAGGCAGACAUGGAGAGUGCAGAGUGGAAGAUCUUGGAGAAUCUCAUUUUAGAAGGUAUUGUGGAGCAGAUAGGACAGCUUGUUGUGGAGAUCCACCUUCACUGGCCUGGAUUUGAGGUCAGUGGAAAUGACAGUACCGUUGUGAGAUUCUGGUACAGCUUGUUUAAAGAACUUGAACGCAAAGACUUCAGACUUUUCUACACAUAUAAGGACUUAUCUAAACCACAAAUGUUCCUGAAGAAAGAAGCUUUCAAUGCAAGCAGUUGUUAUAUCCUUAGCUGGGUUAAUACAAGGUGGUCAUGAAAUGGACAUGUCUACAGAAUUGUUGAUAGAAACCUUUAUUUUACCGAAAUCUGCUGGAUGCAGAAAUAUUUGCUUA